CCCACACUACCUCCUACCUCCUCCUAUGAGCAGCAAAACCGCAACGUACCUCCUGGCCGAGCUUGACAUCUACAGAUCAGCGCCCGAUUUUUAGGACAAACCUCGCGCACACGCUGCAAAGAUGGCUGCCGCUCCGGGCCCCAAAAGAAUCCGAUUCAAAGGCUCGAAGCAUCUGAUCAGUCGCUUGGUACUGGCGACAUUGACAGGGAAACCAGUCGUGAUAUCAGAAAUCAGGAAAUCAAACCCUAGCGCCCCAGGCAUUGCACCGCACGAGAAGUCCUUUCUACGAUUACUUGAUGCGAUCACGAACGGCUCCGAAAGUGCCAUCACGGAGACGGGCACGCAGGUCAUCUACCACCCAGGCCUAAUCACCGGGAGCGCUGCAGGACAUGGCGCAUCGGGAGGUGUCAUACGGCAUGAAGUCGAAGCAGGCUGCUAUCGAGGCGCAAGCUUCUUCCUCAUACCGCUGUGUCUGCUCGCCCCGUUCUCGAAAGCGAAGAUGAACGUUCUAUUGACGGGUCCGGGCGUCAUUACCUCUGCUACGCCGACGGGAGAUGUAUCAGUGGACACAGUACGAACAGCGAUCCUGCCCAUUUUCAAGAGCUUCGGAAUCGACCGCGACCUCGAGCUACGGGUGCUGAAAAGAUCAAAUCCGGGACCAGGUGGUGUGGGAGGAGGAGGAGAGGUACAGCUGGUAUUCGGACAUCAAGUACGGCUACCCAAGACGAUACACUUGCUCGAUGCGGGCAGAAUAAGAAGGAUACAAGGCGUGGCAUAUGCGACAGGAGUGGCGGGUGCGAACAACGCGCGAAUGAUUCACGCAGCAAGAGGCGUGUUGAACGAGUUUGUUCCUGAUACGCGGAUACACUCGGACGUGAGCUCUGCGCCGCUCAUCGCUGCGCCUGAGAGAAACAAUGCACAUGCGAAGAAGAAGAUUGGGCUUGGGUUUGGGCUGAGCUUGGUGGCCGAGUCGAAUACGGGAGCCUUGUACUCGGCAGAUGUCGCGAGUGACUGGAGCGGCGGGGAAGUUCCGGAGGAUCUGGGCAAGAGAUGCGCAUAUCAGCUGCUGGAGUCUAUCGCGCAGGGCGGGUUCGUGUCCAACGUCGCGGCGCCGACCGUAUUGACCAUGAUGGCAAUGGGCAGUGAGGAUGUGGGCAGACUGGCGAUUGGCAAGGAAGUCCUCGGCACAGAACCUGUCGUCCAGCUGGCGAGAGACUUGCGGUCUUUUGGCAUGACAGGCUGGGGCAUCAAGGACAGCGAUGAGGAAGGCGAAGCUUUAGUCUCCAUCGUAGGGCGCGGCGUGGGUAACGUCGGUCGUAAGAUUGCCUGAAUAAAGGCUGCUGCUACUUCUCUCCCACAUACCUACUCUGGCUUCUUGGUGCAUUUUCAUCCCUAUACUGGACUCCUCUUCGGUACCUUGCAUAUGACUUGGAGCAUCACGUCGUUGAUAUCUAAGGCACCCAGGAAGAAGAAAUUCUCGGACUUCUACCAGGUCUGCAUCUGUAAGGUACCUUACCUUGGCUUUACAUACUGCUUUGUCAGGGGCAGUAUUAGAGGGACUUUCUCUCUCACACUGCUUGUCGCUGCCUACCAGCCCCGUCCUCGGCCCUACCACUCCCAAGACUUGAUGAGACGGCACGUGCGUCUCUAAUGGCAAAAGCCGAAUUCCUCAGCCGGAAGAUCAAUUCCAGGUCUGUCUACUCCAUUGGCCCGACUACUUACGCACGCAUUUUGGCCUGCGUCGUCAGUUUGGACUAAAAUACUGUACCAGGCAGGUAGCAGGAGCACUUACAUGGAAAGAUGGCCUUCGACAUUUGCAAUCCAUAGUACUCAACUCUGUAGCAGAGUUGCGCGCUUCGGAUGUGCAAGCUCUCACCAGAAAGAAGAGAAAGAACGGCAUUUCGAAAGCGGUGGUCCCUAGUAUGGGUUGCAAAGUGCCAACGAAGCCGGAGUUGCAUGGAGUCAAUCCUAUACCCCUAGGCGUUAUGCUCGACUAUUUGGCCAUUAUCUGUACUAAGGAGAGAGAAGAGAAAAAGCGAAGCAUUUGGGGUUGCCUGACAAACGCAUUUCAUCGUCACUCUCAAGACUCUCAACUCGCAUAUCGGUUCCAUACAUUCAAACCCGUAUCACCCACAAAUGGAACUGCGGCUGCCCUUCAAGAUGAGACGAGCGCGCUUCUUCUUCUUCCCUCGCGCGAGCAUCAGCAGCGGUGAUGAUGAAGCUGGAUUUUGCGGUAGGACGGACGAUUUUGAAGAUACACAUAUUUGUUAUGGGAAGGUGGAAGAGGAGAAGCGUGGGGAUUUUGAUGACUGGAUACGGCCGUCUAAAAAAAGACAAGAAAAGGACGGAAAAAGAAGAGAAAAACAAAAAUAGCGGUGACGAUCCUUGAGAGGAGAGCUAGGCGUCGUGCAUCUUCGUCACCUGCAGAGCGCAUGUGGUAAUGUAGGUAUCGAUUGCUUGUGAGUAGAAUUGCUCUUCUCGCUUUGCGCAACGAGUUUUUC